CAAGUAAUGCAUUAUUUUUUUUAAAGAUUUAAUAUAUAAUAAUAUAUGUAAGUUAGAAUCUCCAACCCCAUAUAACCACCCUUAACAAUAGGGCGCUUGGCAUUCUGAAUUUCUUUUCUGGGAAAUAAUUCCUAAGGUGCCCAGCUCAGAAGGCAGCUUCUGGGGAAUACACGGAGGAGUAGAAAGAAGAGGGGAAAGCAGACUCUAACACCCCAGGCUGAGGUCAUGUCUUGGAGCAAAUGGAUUAAACCAGGUGCUCUAAGGGACAGACUGACCCUGAGCCACCGGGGCUCAGGACAGGCACCAGUGUGCUUGGACCCUUACCAAGUGCCAUCAGCCCACAUAUGCCAUUCAGCCUUGACAUUCAAGUCAUGGAACCUUAGGACUGAACAAGGCCUGAGAGUGUGUCUGGUUCUAUUUCCCCAUAUUAGAGACAGGAGUUCCGAGGGGCCCCGCAGGGAGAGAACCAAGCUGGCCCCAAGUAGGAACUGGGCCAAGCAGACACCUUCCGGGGUCCGCCCCCCUUUCAGCCUCCAUCCGCAGCCGGGGAGGCAGGCACUGGACGCCCCACGCCCAGACAGUACUAGUUGAACAAGGGAAAAAGAAAAAGAGAGAAAACAACAAAAAGAGAAGGAAGUAAAAGAGAUGAGGCUAUGAGGACAGAAGGAGUCGGGGUACCCCAGCAGUCUGAGGCCCCAGACUGCGGUUACGAGCGCUGCCUUCCAAUCCGAGUUCUGUCCUUGCCCGGUUGUGUGACCAUGGGUGGUCCCUGACCACUCAGUCUCAAUGGCCUCAGCUUUUAAUAAAUGGAGGACAGUGUCUACUUCUUGUUGCUAGAAAAUUAAGUGCCUAUAAGAAGCAUUGAGCACAGUGCCUGGCGCAUAGUAGGUGCCCAGAAAAUAAUAAUGAAAAGAAUGAGUUAGGAAGAGAGAAGAAUAUACUCCGAACAGAGUGGUGAGGGCACCCCCAAACCUGCAAACCUCAGAAUUUGCUCUCAGGUUAUUUGGGGAAAUCCAUGCCUCGAACUAGCCCUAUCUCCUGCCCAAAUUAAAUAGUAACCACCCAAGGUCAGGGAAAGGGCCUUGUAAGAACAGGUUUCUUCCCAAGAGGUGGCUCAGCCUUGACCAGGUGGGGUGGGCUGGGGUCACCCCACUCCUGCCUAUAAGAGUGCCCCGCUGGCCUCGACAGCCACUCGGUCCUGAAUACGCACGGUAUGCUGAGCAUCACAGUCCUCGCUGCGCUCCUGGCCUGCGCCUCCAGCUGCGGGGUCCCCACCUUCCCACCCAACCUAGCGGCCCGGGUGGUGGGAGGAGACAAUGCCCGGCCCCACAGCUGGCCCUGGCAGAUCUCCCUCCAGUACCUCAAGGACGACACGUGGGGGCAUACAUGCGGUGGCACCUUGAUCACCAGCAACCACGUCCUCACGGCUGCCCAUUGCAUCAGCAAUUCCCGGAUCUACCGCGUGGGCCUGGGGAAGAACAACCUGACCGUGGACGACGAGGAAGGCUCCCUGUACGUGGGUGUGGACACUAUCUUCGUCCAUGAGAAGUGGAACUCCUUCCUGGUGCACAAUGACAUUGCCCUCAUCAAGCUGGCGAAACCUGUGGAGCUGAGUGACACCAUCCAGGUGGCAUGCCUGCCAGAGGAGGGCUCCAUAAUGUCUCAGGAUUACCCCUGCUACGUCACUGGCUGGGGACGCCUCUCGACCAACGGCCCCAUUGCCAAGGAGCUACAACAGGGCCUGCAGCCCGUGGUGGACCACGCCACGUGCACCCAGAAGGACUGGUGGGACACCAUGGUAAAGGACACCAUGGUGUGUGCUGGGGGUGAUGGUAUCACCUCGGCCUGCAAAGGGGACUCCGGCGGCCCGCUGAACUGCCAGGCUGAGAACGGCCCCUGGGAGGUGCGCGGCAUCGUGAGCUUCGGCUCCGGGCUGGGCUGCAACACCCUCAAGAAGCCCGCAGUCUACACCCGCGUGUCCGCCUACAUCGACUGGAUCAAGGAGAAAAUACAGCUGUAAUUCAUCCGUGGGAGCCGUGGCAGCAAAUCCCCGCAACCACAAUAAACGUCCUACCCCCUC